AUGGAGAUCAAAGCGCACCUAUGGGUUGUUGGUAUGCAGAACUGACUUACAACAAUAUCACCCACUUGAAAUUAAGGGUUAGUGUUGAAAAUGGCGAAAAAUAAAUAUGUGGCACCCUCGCAGUUACUGCCCUGUCACGCAGUUUAAGAAUCAAUAUAGGCUAUGCACCCGUCUAUCCUUUUUCACAUGUAGCCUAUCUCUGAAAGCUCAUCCUGCUAUGCAGAAAUCGGUCGAUAACUCUCUUUUAGCUACAUUGGUGACACAUCGGAGGGAAGCUCACAUCUUAAACAAUUCGUGUGUAAAUGCAAUUAUAACGAUGGCUUGAGGAGAUGCGCUUGUCCGCGGCAGUAAUCAAUAGGCGCUUGCAGGUAUACGCUGCUUUCUCGCACACGCACUCUGUCGCUACAUCACCACGCACUCCCCGUCUUGCUUGUUUUCUACCACGGCGCUGGAUGUAGCGUCAGCACCGUAGAUAUCGCAUAGUGCCUGCGGCGCCACGUUUUUGCCACUCAGUGCCAGUUUCUCGGAGACGGGGCGGCCGUACUGCCACAGGACGGGGGAUUUUGGCACCCUUAUUCGCGGCGUCGAUAUGUAAUGGUGUGAUACCACCAUUCUGCGGAGACAGAGGGAAAGGCCAUUCCAUGACAGUCGCGCCUCACACUGAACCGCUCUGCGCCUCCCUGAUCAGCGGCGUCCGUGUCCACGCUGCUGAACUACACUGUUGAGAUAAUAUAAACAAUUAAGAACCAAAAUAGCGCUUUAAUCAAAUAUUGGUGGAAUAUCCUGGGACCCACCAUGGUCGGAGGGGGGUGUGGAAUGGCUCGCUUGGGAUUCUACGGGGUUUUGAUGGGGCUUUGGGGGUUUAGCGCCGCUUCUUGCCCUACAUCCUGUACUUGCAGUACCUCGAGGAUUGUAUGUAUCGACCAAGACCCAGGGAUCGAGGAUUUCCCCAUUUUGGCGGAGGAGAGUGACAUGGAAAACAUCACAGAUAUAUUCAUUACAAAUCAGGACAGAUUAUUUACAAUCAGCGAUGCCCAUAUGAAUUUCUACUCCAAUCUCAGGAAUCUAACUGUGACCAACUCUCAACUCUCUUCAAUAUCUCCGACAGCUUUUCUCUCCAACGCCAAACUUCAGUAUCUAAAUCUCAAAGACAAUAACUUGUCAACGUUAUCAUGGAAAGCAUUUCGAAAUUCAAAUAUGUCAUAUUUGUACCUGUCUGGCAACCCUCUGCAGUGUUCUUGUGAGAACAUGUGGAUUAAGUUGUGGCUGGGCCUGGAUGAGACUGAGAAUCAAGAGCUCCAGUGCAUCGAUGAGGAAGGCAUAAAGUCUCUCUCCAGACUGUCCCCGGCAGCCUGUGAACCUCCCACAGCCAAUGUGACCCCAUCCAUUCUCACUCAGAUGAAUGGAACCGAUGCCACAGUGGUCUGCACUGUCUCAGGACAUCCCACCCCAGAGUUCAAGUGGAACACUACCUUCCUGGCAACCAAUUAUAAGAUGUACCCCUCCAAGCUGGAGUCCAGUCUGUCCCUCACCAGACUCUCACCAGCGGACAACGGCCGGGAGAUCACCUGUAGCGCCGAGAACGUGGUGGGCCAGAAGGAGGCCACGCUGCAGCUCAACGUCCUCUUCCCUCCCACCAUCGUGCAUCUGCAGGAGCCAAGGCAGAACCUCCACUGGUGCAUCGACUUCCUGGUGCGCGGCAACCCCAUGCCCACAUUGGAGUGGUACCACCGCGGCGAGCUGCUGCGCGAGCACGGCUACAUGCAGACCCGGAUCUACGAGGAGAAGGAGAGCGAGAAGGAAGGCUGCCUAGAGCUGCAGAACCCCACACACAUCCACAAUGGCGAGUACAAGCUGGUGGCCCGGAACAAGUAUGGCACUGACGAGAAGAGGGUGAAGGCGCACUUCAUGGGCAAGCCAGAGGAGGGUGAAGCUACCAUAACGUACUAUGACUAUACAGAUACUCCACCUCCAACAUCUGAAGACAAGGUGGCUGUGUAUGCUGUGGUUGGAGUGGCAGCUAUCGCACUGGCAGGGUGUCUCCUGAUGCUGGCCAUUCUAAAGUAUGGGAGAAACACAAAGUUUGGCAUGAAAGGCUCUUCAUCCGUCAUCAGUAACGAUGAUGACUCUGCCAGUCCUCUACACCACGUCUCCAAUGGCAACAACACCCCGUCGUCCUCGGAGAUGGGCCCCGACGCCGUCAUCAUCGGAAUGACAAAGAUCCCAGUCAUCGAGAACCCGCAGUACUUCCGCAACACUGGCAGCAUUCUGAAGACUGACACGUUUGUGCAGCACAUCAAGCGACACAACAUCGUCCUGAAGAGGGAGCUGGGAGAGGGGGCUUUUGGGAAGGUUUUCCUGGCAGAAUGCUACAAUUUGUCACCAGACCAGGACAAGAUACUGGUUGCUGUCAAGACACUGAAGGAGGCCAGCGAGAGCGGGCGGGCGGACUUUUACCGCGAGGCUGAGCUGCUGACCAACCUGCAGCACGAACACAUCGUCACCUUCUACGGCGUGUGCGUGGAGAGUGACCCCCUCAUCAUGGUGUUCGAGUACAUGAAACACGGAGACCUCAAUAAGUUCCUCAGGGCCCAUGGGCCGGACGCGGUGCUGAUGGCGGAUGGUCAGCACAGUGUGAUGGUGGAACUAACCCAGUCUCAGAUGCUGCACAUCGCCCAGCAGAUCGCAGCAGGCAUGGUCUACCUGGCCUCCCAGCACUUCGUCCACAGGGACCUGGCCACGCGUAACUGCCUAGUGGGGGAGAACUUGCUGGUCAAGAUCGGCGAUUUCGGCAUGUCGCGGGACGUGUACAGCACUGACUACUACAGGGUGAGUGUGGGAGGCCACACUAUGCUGCCCAUCCGCUGGAUGCCUCCGGAGAGCAUCAUGUACCGGAGGUUCACCACCGAAAGCGACGUGUGGAGCUUGGGCGUGGUGCUCUGGGAGAUCUUCACCUACGGCAAGCAGCCCUGGUACCAGCUCUCCAACAAUGAGGUUAUCGAGUGCAUCACCCAGGGCCGCGUGCUCCAGCGACCCCGCACCUGUCCCAAGGAAGUGUAUGACCUGAUGCUGGGCUGCUGGCAGCGUGAACCCUACAUGAGACUCAACAUUAAAGAGAUCCACGGCCUGCUGCAGAGCCUGGCCAAGGCAUCCCCAGUCUACCUGGACAUCCUGGGCUAGCCAUCUGGCUCCGCAAGGGCCAAGUCUAGGUCCAGGGAGGGAGAACACAAGGAUGCUUUCGUCUGUCAAUGAGAGGGUGACGUGGAUGAGCGGUUGUGUUUGAGUGCGUGCAUGUGUGUGAGAGAGAGCGAAAAAGAGACGGAGAGAGAGAGAGAGAGCGCAAGAAGGAGAAUGAUGAUCGAGUUGUGUGCAUUUCUGUGUAUGCACAUUGGAUCAGAGCGCGAAGUGGGGAUGGGGGGGUGGUUGUGAGCUUGUGUUUGUAAGUGUGUGUGCGUGCCUGUGUGUGUUCCUUCCUCUUCACCACAUAGACAAAGGCCUUAAAUUUGAUUGUGACGAUUUUUUUUCCCUUUUGAUUUGUGUUUUUGCUUUCGGAGAGGUACUCUGAUCUGCCCAGCGUUUAUUGUCCUCUUGUAUUCUUUGUGUGUGCAGGAGAGGAACAAAGGAAAAACCGACAUCUGUAAAUACUCUUCUCUUUUUUUUGUCUAUAUGGACCACAUAACGAAGCUCAAUUUUUUUCCUUCUUCUAUCAAAAGGAAAGAAAACUUUAUGGAGCAACAUGCAAAAUGGGGAGCAAAAAAAUAAAAAUAAAUGAAGAAAAUGAACCCAUUGCAACAAAACCCAGGCCUACUGCUUAUGUGUGUUCUAGGGUAAAACAAAUGUACUGUAGAUAUGAGUAACUGUGAAAAACAAAAAGGGACUUGUUUGGUCGUGGGAGGGAAGGGUUUGGGUAUUUUCUUUAUUUUGUUUUGAUUUUUUGUUGUCAAUUUUAUCAUGUCAUGACUUAUCAGUAACCUGCAACAUCAGUGCCAUUUGUUUUGUUGAGUUUUAUGUUUGCAAUUUGUCUCUUUUUUUUUUCGGGACUGAACCCUCGGGGAAGGUGGCAGGCUGAGGCCGAAGCUGUGGAUCGCUUUCGUUUGCCUGAGGAGCACAACACUGCCAAACCCUCUGCCUCUCUGCUUCUCCACUCUUGUGUACGGGACUGCAAUACAACAUUCAGCAGGAACUGGGUUUCCCCCUGGUUUAAGGGGGACUUUUUUUUUUUUCCUUUCAUUUUUGUCCUCUUCCAGAAGGAUACAGUAAUCAUCAGCAUUUUGUUUACACUUUGAGUAGUUUGGAUGUUUUUGGCCUGAUCGUGUGUUUAAGCAUAAGCAAAGCGAUUUUGAAUGUGGCGAUAAUGCACUAUAUACUUUACAGUGGGAACUGGGUACUAGAAGCACAGUGAAAACAAAGCAAACACACUAAAAGGAACGUUCAGGUUUUGGGUUAAGGUUUGGGAUCGCUAGCAAGAAGACAUUCACAUGAUGCAGAUGCAGUAUUGGUUUAUUUGUUUGUUUGUUUGUUUGUUUGUUUGUUUUGCAGAAAGCACAGUCAGCAGCAGUGACACUAAGCAGGUCAACAGUUCAGUUAGUGUCACGGCAGUCCAUUGCUCUUUAAAGAGUUUGUUUUUUAACGAUGGGAUUAUGGGGAAUGUCUUCAAAGGCUACUAGUUAUGGUUAGCAUUGAUAUCUUUGUAGGUAUUAAAAGGAGGUGGCCUUUUGUAGAGGAACUAUAUUGUAGGUGCAACCUUUUCAUGGUGAAGGUAUUGAGCAGAGAAGGUUUUGGUUGUUUGAUGAUGUUGAUAAUGUUUGAGAUUAUUUGAACGAAUACCUUUCUCCACUGAAUUGGCUGGCUUUAUUUGCACUUGAGUUUUUUUCCUCAUGUCUUUGUUUUGUGUCGUUCAUAUGUAAUUAUUGGUGAGAUGAAACAUGUCAGUGACGAAUUGUGACAUUAUUUUGUUCGUAGCAUACUCUAAGGUGUAAGUUCUUGUGAAGUGAUGGACAGGGUGGUUUGUGUUUCGUGCGGCAAGACAGAGCAAUGAAAUGGUAGAGUCUUAAACCAUCCCUGAGGUUGGGCAAAAUGUGUAAUGCCACUAUGAAGGGAAGGGAACACUCAACUACCCAUGAUUCCAAUAUCUGGCAGGACAGGAAGACUGGAUAUAAAACGGGCUGUUUUUUGUCUGAUAAUCAUAAGGAUGUGCAAGGAAGAUGAUAAGAGUGUGGCUUAGGGAGUGUGAUAAGCCCUGAUACAGAAGAUCAGAAAACAAAAUCACAUAUCCUUACUGGCUAUAAUCAUAACUGACAAUAAAAUCCUCAUUGACCCUCAUAGACGACCAUUAUAGAGACCACUCAUUUACUGAACCACUGAACUGACCAAAAUUGGACCACAGACUCUGACAGCUAUCACUUAACUACUGACCAUUAGCACUUACCGACCUUCUGACACAGAACUGACUUCAGCUGAACUGAUGACCCUAAAAACUGACUACGAAAUGUAACUUUUGCACGUGACGGUAUCAUACAGUAACGUCUGAUUCUUUUUGAGUGGCUUGAUGUUGACAACCACAUAACCACAAACUCCUCCUGCUGACUACAUUAGCAUCAUGGCACAUGUGUUCCACUCUCUAUUCCUCUACUCAAUGGGCUAGCUAGUGUAGACUGGUUGACUGGAAGGCCUAUGCCAUGUUACUGCAGUGACUGUCACUGGUACUUAAAAUCACAUGAAGACUUGUCUUGGGCCUGUGAAAGAAUAAGGACAUGUAGUAUUAAUGGUAAUGCUACGAGUGUGUCUGUACUGUAUAUAUGCAAUCAGGUUGUACAUACACAUGGGCAAACAUCAGCCAUCUGUCAUUUUGUACCCUGAUGUCAACUUGUCUUCGGAGCGUCCUCUCUCACGCAUACACUCAUUAUUGUCUUUACUAGCGAUGCGAGGACACCUCACUAGAAUGUACUUUUAGCAUUUAUGCUAAACACUAUUGGGGUACGUGGCUAAGCCAGGACCCGGAGUGUAUGUACCGGAGUACAUUUUUGGGGUGCCACACGACAGCUACUGCAUGCUGUCGUACCUGCUGCACAUGUGUAUUAUAGAAUCUGAUUGGUCCAUACGAAAAUGCACACUAAGUCAUCCUUUGACUAAAGCUAAAGACAUAAAAGAUAUUUCCAUAAUUGAGUAUUGUCAAUUAUGGUUUUUUUUUCCUUGCCACUGUUCUCAAAUCAGUUUGAAUCCUUUGAUGGGUAGACUAAAUAAACAAAUAAAAAUAAAUAAAUUAAAAGUGUAACAUUUUCCAAGAUGUCCCCCAAACAGUCAUAGAUAGUAUUCCUAAUUUUAAUGUUGAAGGAAAAGCUUUGAUUUUUUGUACUAUACAGUUCUUUGUCUGCUCUAAAGAGUCAGUCUUUGAUUCAUUGUCCAUCAUGUACAGUUCUAAUAUUUGUCUAUAUUAAUAGUAUGUUCUCUAUAUAUUAUGUUUAAAAACAGAUAUCAUGUCAAAAAUGUGCAACAUUACUUAAGGGAAAAAACAUUCUCAUAUGGGGCCACUGGCAAUAUGUAUGUGUAAAUACAGUUACAUUUUUGUGCAACAAUGUAUAAUUUUCUCUCUCUCUCUCUCUCUCUCCGCUGUGCUCGUUCACCAUAUCAGUGAGAAUACAAUCUUUUUUUUAAAGAAAAAAGCAGAAAACAAAAACAAUCUUGUUUGAAAUACUUUUAAUCUCAUAAAAACUGAACUGAGGAGGGAGCAAUCAUUCUUUCGCCGGAUCACUAUAUGCUAUUGACAUUGAGUGUUCUGACGGGGGCGAGGGGGAGCCUUUCAGGGAGGGGGGUGGGAACGCGGUAGCCAUGGCAACCGCCACCUUUGUCACCAGUGACUCCUCAGGGGACCCUUGGGAGGGUGCCAAGGCAGUCUUGGUGACAAAGCUGAAAGUUCCCCCUCACUUCCCGCCUAUUGUUUUUUAUUUUCUAUUUUUUAUUUAUUUUUUUCUUAAAAUAUCUUUCAAUUGAAGAACUGUGAACGGGCAUCAAGAGCAUUGUGUUAUUUCUGAAUGUAUGGAAAGGAUUGGGGACUUUAUUUUGAAUGUAACCUAUCUUAGGUUCAUUGAUUAUUUUUCUAAUUACUUAAUGGAAAUUGCAAUUCCCCAUCCUGACGACAGUAUGUUUUGUUGGCUGUGAGUGCGCGUGAGCGAGAAAGUGUGUAUGCGUUUUUGAUGCCCCUUGGUUGAGUGUGUCUGUGGGCGCACGAAGGUGCGUGCGUCUGAAUAUGCUUCAGUUUCUUUAGCUCCUGGCAGAUUCAG